CAGUUGUGAGGUGAUAUUUCAGCCCUCAACAGGGUAAAAUUGGUGAUUUAUGCAGUUAAAAAAUUAAAAUGUAUGAAAAUGUUGAAAAUCUCAAAAUUGUGAUAAAUGUAAUAGGGAAUUGAGAAAUUGUGGGAACUUCGUAAGUGACAUUUAAAAAACGUUCAUUAUAUAAUUAUGUCAUGAUUUUUUUACCAGAGGUUUUGAAGAUUUUAAUACUCCGUCUGUUUCAGUAGUUUCAGAAUAUAUAUUUUUAAAUACACUUGCUCUAUACUCCUGCCGUAACGGAAUUACGUUUAAUAUUCACUCACACCUUUUCGCACUUUGUACAUUUGUCAAUUAACAUUUUUAAAACACGAAUUUAGCCCAGGUUAAUGAGGGACGACUGUGAAAAACCUCCAAACUCUCAUGAAGGCUCUGCUGAUGACGUUUCCAACUCAUCCAACGACUCCCUUUCACAUUCCCCUGGAUCUUCUGAUCAGGAUCAACUCAAGGAUAAUAAUUUGACCCAGGAACAAUCCGAACAAUUACCUCUUAACACCAAUUCCAACAACAGUAACCACUCCUCUAACCUUAAAUCCAAUAUUUCAAACAGUUCCAACAAGAACUUUACCAGUCCCAGUACUACAAAUUCAAAUCCCAAUGUACCAUCCAAUUCAAAAUCCAGUAAUCCCCAAUCUACCGUACAGUCCAGUCCCAUCCAGUCUAAUGUACAAUCUUCUCAAUCUACAGUACAAUCUUCUCAAUUGACUGGAUUGAACUCGAAUCAAUAUUUAAAUGGUACUCGUAAUGGAUCGGUGAAUGGUCAAUCAUCCAAUGAUAAGAGGGAGCAGGCAUUACAGGAUGAGGCGACGAGGUUAUUUUGUGAGAUGGCUUCAGAUCCCGACAUAAUGGACCAGGCUUUUAGUGCGGCUGUGAACCCUAACGUUGCUAAGGAACUUGCUCGUCAGGCUGACACAGCUUGGAGGAACAUUGAGACUCUCCCUGGCGGUUUCAGAGCUUUAUGUCAGAUGCAUCAUAACCUUCAGCAGCCGCUUUGGAACGCAGUGAUAGGCCAGGAUUUACCGAAGGUAUCAAAUUACCAAAACUCAAAUCUUAAUACUACACUUCCUAAUGAACCCAUAAGGGCCGAUCCAAUGCCAAAUCCUUGGAAAACUGAGGCGCCCAGACCUGCAAGUUCCGUCCCUUCAGCUUCUGUGAACGGGUUUAACCCGUUUGGAUUUUCUAACUUUGAUAAUAUUUCUUACCCGAGAUCGCCUCAGGGUUCUCGCGACGAGUUACUCUCCUCGGUCAUUUCUCGCACGCGUUCCGCCAGCUUCCAAACCGCUUCUCAACUAAUCCAAAACUCCUCCACUAAAUACUCCAAGGAGAUGGAGGAACUCGCUGAGAUGGGCAUCACUGACCGUGAAAAGUGUCUAACAGCCCUUGAAGCUGCUGACGGCGACCUGUUCCAAGCGCUCGGCAUACUACAGAACCUAGACGAAAUGGACCAAGAAGAAAACAAUAACAAUAAUUAAUCUCACUAAAUUAUUU